AGAUUAGAAAGAUACAUUUCUAUAUGAAAGUCAUCAUAGUUUUUACCACUAUUUUUAGUAUGAACCUGCAAUGCAGCCAAUACAUGCAGAUGAAGAAGCCUGAAAAAAAUAAUUGCUAUUAUUAUAAUUUUUACACAGUGGAAGUAGAACAUCUAGUUGCAGUCAAAGAAACUAAUGUUUUAGUUCCAGACUGGAAAAUAGCUGUCGUGCUAUGGAAUUGAGCAAGUAACAAGGCCCCUGCCACCAAUUUCCUAUAUAGAUAUCUCUUCUCAACAAUUGUACUGCAGAUUUUUGUUAGCACAAUACAUUCAGUGACACAGCUGAGCUUCCUUCCAAGGCAUACUUCUUACCCACACAAAAAUUCAGGAGAGCACACUCUCAGUAGAUGAAUAAAAGGUCACAAGUACCUCUUCUCUGCUCUUACAUGUCAGCAAAAAAUCUCCAAGAUAUCAACCCCUUGUACUUUGAAGGCUGGUCAAUACCCUUCUCUGAGAUAUUCUGCAAUAACUGUCAUAGCAGCAAAAGAUAUUUAAUGACAUCUUGCUGGAGAAAUAAAUAAAUAAAUAAAGCUACCAGCACUGCAUUAUUAAGAAACAAUCAGUUCUUUCCUUAACAGCUUUUAAGGCUAACAGACCUUAACCCUUGGCCAGCAAGUGUUCAGCCAGGCAGGGAAAAACAGGUCUGAUUCUGUCCAUGGCUCAGGGCAACAAGCCUCAGCUGUAAUGCAUUUAUUUUACUGGGUAGAAACAAAUAUCUGGUGAAGAUGGGCUUAUGAACAUUUAACUAAUUCUCAAAAUGCCUGCUAUAUCUGAGGAAGAAAAUCUCUUUGCCUACAACAGAUUUAGCUGUCCCACCAGGAGGGGAUGAGAGGAGAAAACAGAAGGAUCAGUUGCUUUCCUGAAUGCAGUGCUGCUAAUAGUGAUCCCCUGAGGCUCCAGCUAUUCACCUCAGAAUCCCUGCUGCAGAGGAUAACACCAACCUGUCACAUUUGCUCCUCUUCCAUUCUUCUGAGCCCAGUUCUUCUUGAGAGCUGUCUUGGCUGGAAAACACAGAGCACCUGGUAAUGCUGGUGGAGUAGCACAAGAAGGACCACAGACUUCUGCAGGGAGAUGUGCCCAAGGAACCAAAGCCAGCCAGCAUGCUGCAAUUCACGUCGCCUCAGUAGGAAACAUGAAGGUAGCUUCUACUGGUAAAGAUCACCUUUAAAAGGGAACAUGGAUUUAAUCAACUCAACAGAACAAAACAGUACAUCAGAAGAACUAUUCAAAUGGGUGACAUCCAAGAUUCUCAUUUCCAUUACUCUGUCUGUGCUUGCGCUAAUGACAACGGCCAUCAAUUCUCUGGUGAUGACUGCAAUAAUUGUGACAAGAAAACUUCACCACCCUGCCAACUAUUUGAUCUGCUCUCUUGCAGUGACCGAUUUUCUUGUGGCAGUCCUAGUGAUGCCCUUCAGCAUUGUCUACAUUGUAAAGGAGACUUGGAUCAUGGGGCAAGUAGUGUGUGACAUUUGGCUGAGUGUGGACAUUACAUGCUGCACGUGCUCCAUCUUGCAUCUCUCUGCCAUUGCUUUGGAUCGUUACAGAGCAAUCACAGAUGCUGUGGAAUACGCACGGAAAAGGACACCAAAGCAUGCUGGUAUCAUGAUUGCAGUAGUAUGGAUCAUAUCCAUUUUUAUCUCCAUGCCGCCUUUGUUUUGGCGGCACCAGACAACCAGCAGGGAGGAUGAAUGCAUCAUCAAACAUGACCACAUUGUUUCUACCAUUUACUCUACAUUUGGCGCCUUCUAUAUCCCCCUGGCCUUGAUUCUGAUCCUUUAUUACAAGAUUUACAAAGCAGCAAAGACAUUUCACAGAAGAAGUGUCAGCAGGAUAGUCAGGGAGGAGGUAAAUGGACAAGUCCUUUUGGACGCAGGUGAGAGAAGCACCAAAUUGACUUCAAUGCCCAGCACAAUGGAGAAGACAUCAGAUCCACUGGUGGACUGUGAAAAAAUCAAUGUCAGCAUACGAAGCCCCAGAUCUGAGUCUAAGCAUGAGAAGUCUUGGAAAAAACAGAGAAUCUCUAGUACAAGAGAGAGAAAGGCAGCAACUACUCUCGGUCUGAUCCUGGGGGCAUUUGUGAUCUGCUGGCUCCCUUUUUUUGUAAAGGAAGUAGUUGUGAACACCUGUGAAAGAUGUCACAUUUCAGAAGACAUGUCUAAUUUCCUAGCAUGGUUGGGAUACAUUAAUUCCCUUAUUAACCCUCUAAUCUACACAAUCUUUAAUGAAGAUUUCAAGAAAGCCUUCCAGAAGCUUGUGCGGUGUAGGCAAUAUCUUUAAUAGCUUUUGUUCAUAUAAGCAAAACAUACUCAUUGUUUUUUUUAACAUGUAUAAAUUUAUAUAACUGAGAUCACCUUUGUUGUAUUUAAGGAAAAGCACCAAGACUCUGCAUUCACAUUAUGACUCUUUUGUAUAAGUAGCACUGGGAGCACAAAUUGCCCAAGUUUUAAAGAGAUGGAUCUUUCAGGAUCAGUUUUGCUCUGAAGAAAGAGGCAGCAUAUACUCAUUGCAGCCCUGACUAUGCUGGCAUUUGCAGAGCUGCUUAGUCUGAAGCAUAUAGGUAUUACAUUAAAUAUAAAGAAAAUAUACACUCUUGAAGCAGAUAAAAGAAACACAUUUUUAAAAAGAAGAAAAAAAUAAAUAAAAAGCAACCCUAAGUGACAGAUGAAGUUUUAAGUAAACGACAAACAGAUUUUGGUCCCUACUGUCAGUAAGAUGGAAAAUGCAACCCCGUAAUUCUAUUCGUGUAGCACAGGCCUUCAGCACAGAGACAAGCUAUUCUGAACAAAGGGUGGCAGCUUUAAAUAUUCAUAGCAUCAUACUAUGUCGACUAGCUAAGUUCUGCUCCAGCCCUGCCCUUUAAUGUGUUAUGCCCUUGCAAUGCCCCAUUGGCAGGCCAGACACUUUCACAGUCCAGUAGUUCACAGUGAGGCAAUAUCAUGUGCCCUCUGCCACUGCACACCCAAGACAUACAUGGCCAUAGCCCCAAGGGAAUGGCAUGGUAGUCAGUGCACCUCCAGUGUUUAGGAUCUUAGAGCCUGGUGCUCUGGGACUCCACUUCAGUAGGGUCUACUGAGAGUUUAUCUCAUAAAACGCAGCUGGUUGUCCUUCUACUAUUGUUAGAAACAUGAGAUAAUCCCAGCUCGUGACCUCAUCUUUAUCUCACAUGCCUGUCCAGGCACAACCCCUCUAUAUUUCUGAGUACCAAACUUAUCCAUGCAGUUUGUGCCGGAGCCCCCAUAUCCUUGCUGAUGGUGGUUGGCUUUCUGAGGUUUGGUUUAGAGCCACCAAAUUAAGUUCCAGCUCAGCACGUGCUUCUCCACCCCCAGAAGUAUAAUGUCCCCACAUCUUUUCUCAACUGUGCUUCAAGCACUAAGGCUGUGCACCUUCUUCCCUGUCAUGUUAGACAUUUAAUUAACUUAAAAAACAGUUUAGGCAGCGUGGUUCUCCAAAGAAGCCUCUGCAGCCCUUCUCCAGAAAGGGUAGGGAAGCAAUCUCAGUCUGCAGUAUAUGACUGAGGAGCAAUCCCACAGGAUGCUCAUGGGCUGGCUCCUCCAAAACCCUGCUUCUCCCAGAGCAUGGUCCCCAGUCCCAGAAAAGCUGAACGGACCUCGUAUGCACUCCAGCUUGUAUUUUUCCCCCCAAGAUACAAGCUGCCACAACAGCUGUCAGAGGUGUUUCAUGAAAGAUGAUGAGGUUUGAGACCUGAGAAAUUGAACUAAUUUGUUUCUGUCACUUGAAAUUUACUGUAUUCUCCUUUCACAUCAAGAUCCAAAUGAGAUAUUAUUCACAAGUACUAGAAACCAUGUAUUUGUUUUACUGUUGAUUUUAACCCUGCCAGGAAGUUAGUGGAAAGCUUACUUGUCACAUCAUGUAGCUCUAGUGCAGCAGAAGCACAGCUAAAUUCUGAAGGCGCUAGGAUGCGGCAGCAUGUAAUUUGGCUUGUAUGCCACAUAAAAUAAUGCAUUUGAUAACUCUGCAGUCAGAGUACAGCUGUGACAGCCCCUGUGACCUCAGCGAUGGCUAUAUUAUUCUGAAAGAAAACAACUGUUUUAAGGAUCAGCUGUGCUCUGCUGUAUCCAGAAAGAGCCACAGAACUCAGCUUCAUCAAACGAUUACCAAAUUAGCAGAAGGCCACAAGGAAAACCAAGUGAAAUGUUUAAGUUUGAUGACCUGUUUACCUUAUUAUUUUUUUUUUAAUUACUAACACUGGAUAUUUAAAGCCAAGUCUUCCUUUCCCCCUGCUCUUUCCCAUAAACCUGCUGGAGGGUAAAGUGUGCUAUUUUUCCUCUUACACUUAAAAUGUUUGACAACAUCUUGUGAAAGCAGAUUGGAAGUAAAAAUAAGGGUUGCUUUUGAGAAGAAAAGGUACUGAAGAUACUCACAAUAGAUAAAGCUCAAAGAAUGGAACAGUAUGUAGAUAAAUAGAAAAUAGCUCUUAUUUAUGCACUGUCAACAGUAUUAUGCUCUGAAACCAAUUAAGCUUCUAAAUAUUUCUCAAAAUGCAGAGUGGGUUUUCUUUGUAACCUUCUCAUUGAGCUCUAUGCACUCAUCCUUCAAAACCCCAGUGGUGGAAGAUGCAACUACAAGAAACCUAAGCAAGUAAGCAGGCAAUUGUCUCAUUAAAAGCACUUACAGCCUGUGGACCAUCAUUUCUUGGUGUCUGAAGCUUCCACACUGACAAACACUUCAUUACACAUCCCCACUCAGUACCAUUUCAUCUUUAGCAUCUAUCUGUGCAUGUGAUGUGCUAAGAAAACCUCUAAUUCUCUCUUUCAAGAUGCAUAAUGGCUAAGGUUUCUGCUGGAUGCAGCUUUCCCUUCCCUUCCCCACAAGAUACACAGGCACCAACUGGAGCUUAUCACUGAAUUCAAAAAGCAAGAGAGAGACUGCAAGAUUUUAUGCACUAGAACUAAGAUUUAUUUUUUACAAUCAGCUCUUUACCUCAUAGGAGUUCAGUCCUCCAAAUAGAAUAAUAAGGGAAAAAAAAAAAAAAAAAAAAAAAAAAAGGAAGAAAAAAAAAGUCAGUUUUCUUAACUCUAUUCCUCAGAAGAGGGCAUAUGUAUUGGAGGGAAAGAUUUUCCAUCUACCUCUGCUUUGGACAAAGCUCCCUGGACCUCUGUCUCUGCUGCAGCUGCCCUCCCAGUUGCUGCUCACUGCCCAACCGCCCAUCCAUUUAGAUUUCUUCUAACACUUGGAGAACUGGAUUUGGAGCAGCUGACCUGCUCCCACUUCAUCUUUCACAGAGGAUGAUUCCAGAAGUAGCUAUGAAUGCUAUGUCCAAUUCAGGUAGACAUUUUUACCAACAGUAAGAAGUUAAAUACACCUCAUUUUUCUGUGCUUAGUCCUCCUUCCCUCCCUACCAAAUGGUGUCCUUUCCUCUUGAGGAUAACACAUUCCUACAUAAGGAUUGGGGUAUGAAUACACUUUUGUUUUCGUGACGCAGUCACACUUGUUAAUGCAUGACUGUACCACCCAGAAACACCCACCUCAUCCAAAUGUGCUUUUGGCAAUCACUGCCUUCAGCUGGUGUCUAAUUGUUCUUAGCAUUAGGGAGGUACACAGAAAUAAGUAUCUGCCAAAUUAUUUUCUCCAGUAGUUACAAACUCAGCACAUUACUUCUAGGCAAGUACAUGUUCCUAUCUAGCCUUUGUAUUUCAGAUUCCUUUGGAGAAGGGAAACAGAAAAUCACCCCUGUAGCUAUAGAAAAUAAGGGUUUUUUAGAGCUCUGCAGAUCAAACUAAAAAGGCUGCAAGAAAAACAUGAAGAGUCCCUUGUAGCAGACCUGUAAGGACUGAGCAUAAACCUAAUGCUUGCAAGCAUUCCAGCACUCCAAGCAGUGAGCAUUACCUGCUGUUUUCUCUCCCAUUCCUCUUCUGGAAAGUGCUGCUGCAGAGCAGUACUACCAAUAUCAGAACUAUUAAAAAUACCAGCAAUAUGUUGCUAUCUCCUCUCCUGCACAGUCCUGAAAUGAAUUAAUUAAGCAGACAUUUUUUCUUUAGGAUUUUCCAUUUGUCUUCUGAGAAGCCUAAUAUCUAACUUUUGUUGCUGUUCUGUCCUCAGCCAAGAAUAAGCCUUUAAAAUAAAAAUAAACAUGUCUACGACCUAGGGUUUCUGGAUACCAUUUAGUAAAUAAAUAAAGAAUGAAAGAAAGAAA